AUGUCAGGAGGGAAGACGGCUAGGGGUUAUGACGAGGUACAUGGCGGGUUCGGUUUCGGGGUUAGGAACGAGGGUGGUACUUCGUUGUUGGAGUUUGCUAAAGCUUUUGACUUGGUGUUAGCUAACACGGGUUUUCAGAAGAGGGAGGAUCACCUGGUCACUUUUCGGAGUAGGGUUGCCAAGACUCAGAUUGAUUAUCUUCUCCUCAGGAGAGGUGAUAAGGGCCUGUGUACGGAUUGCAAGGUUAUCCCGAGUGAGUGUCUGUCGAUGCAGCAUAGACUCCUAGUAAUGGAUUUGGAGGUCAAGGGAGUACGGAAGAAGAGAGCGGGUUACUCGGGUGGCCGCAAAGGGGACUGGUGGUGGAAUGAGGAGGUCCAAGAAAAAGUGGAAGCUAAGAAAGCGGCGUAUCUGAAGCUAGUGGGGAGCACGAACGAGGAAGAGCGAAGGUCGUAUAGGGAGUGCUAUAAGAAGGCAAGGAGAGAGGCGAAGCUCGCGGUUACGGCGGCCAAGACUGCAUCUUUUGAGAGAUUGUAUGAGGAUCUUGGAGGCAAAAGAGGGGAUAGGAAGCUGUACAAGUUAGCCAAAAUUAGGGAGAGGAAGGCUCGGGACCUGGAUCGAGUGAGGUGCAUCAAAGACGAAGACGGUAAGGUAUUGGUGGAAGAGGCGUGUAUCAGGCAUAGAUGGCGGGAGUACUUCCAUAGACUCUUGAACGAGGAAGGGGAUAGGAACAUCAUGCUGGGUGAGUUGGAAAACUCAGAGAGUCGGAGGGAUUUUGGGUUUUGUAGGCGUAUUAGGUGUGAGGAGGUUGUUGUGGCCAUACGGAAGAUGAGCAGGGGUAAGGCGACUGGGCCUGACGAGAUCCCGAUGGAAUUUUUGAAAGAAGCGGGGGAUAUCCAGAACUGCAACAACUAUAGGGGUAUCAAGCUGCUGAGUCACACCAUGAAGGUCUGGGAGAGGGUGGUGGAGAAGAGAGUGAGGACAUGCGUAUCUAUAUCUGAGAACCAGUUUGGGUUUAUGCCGGGACGGUCAACCACAGAAGCCAUUCACCUGGUGAGACGAUUGGUGGAGCAAUAUAGGGAGAGGAAAAAGGACUUGCACAUGGUGUUCAUUGACCUUGAGAAGGCUUAUGACAAAGUCCCGAGGGAGGUGCUAUGGAGGUGUUUGGAGCCUAUCAUCAAGACGCGAGGGGGUGUUAACAUUAGGUUGGAAGUUUGGAGACAGGCGUUGGAAUCCAAAGGUUUCAAGUUGAGUAGGUCGAAAACUGAAUACUUGGAGUGCAAGUUCAGUGAGGAGAGGCAUGAAGAAGAAGUAGAAGUAAAGAUUGAUACUCAAGUCAUUCCCACAAGAGAGAGUUUCAAGUAUCUUGGGUCUAUAAUCCAAGGCAACGGGGAAAUUGACGAGGAUGUUACUCACCGGAUUGGAGCGGGUUGGAUGAGAGGGAGGCUAGCUUCGGGGAUUUUAUGUGAUAAGAAUGUACCGCCUAGACUUAAGGGCAAGUUCUACAAGGUGGUGGUUAGACCAGCUAUGCUAAAAGACAAGAUCAGGAAUGAAGUUAAUAGGGACAAGGUGGGAGUGGCAUCUGUGGAAGCCAAGUUACGGGAAGCGAGGCUGCAGUGA